AAAAAAAUACUGUAACCGGAAGUACUAAAGUACUUUAACAUGUUCCAUGAAACCCUGUUGUUUUGUAUCACGAAAAUGCAAUGGCCGCCAUCUUCGAGUCUUGUGAAUGUUUUGGUCGUAGUUUCGGACUUUGAGGCUUUUUUCACAUGUGCUAUGCGAUUAUUUGAUGGAAAUAGUUUCGCUGCAUCAUAGGAAUAGUAUUUUUUUUUAUUAAAAGAGAGCAUUAUGGUGUGCACCGUGCAUGUUUUUACCGAUUUCGAAGAUAUAUGGGUAAAGAAUCGGUUUUCGAUUGCAGUCACAUGAAAUAAUAUUUGGAGGCCGAGGGGCACUCCAAGGCGUCAUCUCGGGUCUAACCCAAGAUGAUAGUAUACGCAGCAUGUCAGCUUCGUCAGAAUAUGAACCUUCGGCCCGGCAAGAUUACGGGCCGGCCGCCUCCAGUGAAAAUGUCUUUGAAAAUGUAUUGGAUCACAAUCUGAUAAAUAUGAAUGUACCUAGCAUAAGGACUCCUGUUUUGAGGACUGUACCUGUAUCUCCCACUCAAAGGGACCCGGAACCGGAUUCCACUAAUCCUGAAAGCAUUAUUCGUUCUAUACACCAAGUAGAUAAGGAAAUUGACUAUCACAUUUCUGAGAAAAGGUGCGAUUCCGAAAUGUCUGUUGAGACGUUAUCUGGUAUCGUAAGAAUAGAAGAGAAUAUAGAUAACGUAGGCCACAUUGCUUACCCAGUUUUGCAAGAAGCAGAUGAUUCUAGUGACGGUCACUAUGUUGAAAACUCUACAGCUCUUAUUCAAGCUCCAAUCAGCACUGCCAUAGUACAGAAUGUCACUAAACUACCACAGAAUUUUACAAUCAAUGUCGAUGCAGCCGUUGGAAAUAUCACAACAAUACAGAAUGUAGCCCAAGAUGUGGCUGGCAGUCCAACGUUGUGGUUGCCAACAAUACUCACAACUAGUGCUGCUCCUCCGGAUUUGAAAGACGAUGAAAGACCCCAGGCUGGUGUGUCACAAAUCAUUAUUACCAGUGAAAGCUAUGUUAAUGAGCUCAACCAUGCCGGCCGAAGAGGUAAUAUUAUAGCCGAAACAGGUUACAUUAACCGUCCCAAAAGUUCUAAAGUGCAAAUUCUAAGUAACAUAUCUAUUCCUAAGAAUACUACUUAUUCUCAACAGUAUAUUCCAUCUUGUAAAGAGGUAUCUACACCAGUUUAUGCAACUCAAAACCAUGUAUACAAACUCAAUACGAACUUGCAGAAGCAUUUAAAUAGUUCAGUUCUCUGCAGUAAACCAUCAAAGAAUCAGUCUUUAAUUGGUUGUGCAUCGCUAACCCCAACAGUGAUCAACAACAGUCCGAUAAAAAAUGUAUCAUACAGUCAUACAUUUACCAAGAAUGCAAGUCUUAGUAAAACUAUAAAUAAAGUAAACAAUGGUGCUAACCUGAAUGCGAUGGUGGCGUCAUCUACUGGAAACACGCCGUGCCACAUUCUUUCGCGUGUCGUGUCUGCUCCGAAUAAAAUGUCUGUACAUUCGGGGAGAAAAUUAAACACUUUGAAAGGAUCUAAAAGCUCGCAGGUAUCGAGCCAAAAGAACCAAUCGAGGCCAAUUAAAAUAAUACAGCAAACGGGAUCAUCGACACACAAAUCUGAAGCGAAGACUUGGCCUGUCGCCAGUGUCACGUAUAAAAGUCAACAGCCGACGUUCGGAGUGGUAGACUCGAAUACUUCCAAGAUCAUUCAGAAAGUCGGCAGUCCGACCCACAAGAACCAAUCUAUACCACUAACAAAAUUUCCUGCAAAAGGCGAGCGAUUAAUUCUUCAAUCCCCGUGCGGCCCAGUGUUGAUAUCAACGGCCCCCAUCAGUACGAGCUUACCCAAAACACCUCAUUACGUACAGUCAGGCGCUACUCCGAAUUUGCGCUAUGUGCAAACUUUUAGUUCGACAGAAAACCAGUCUAUGACCUCACAAGUAACUGCCAAUCAACAGUUGACUGCUCAAAUUCUUCAUUCCCUAUCCCAACCUAAGCUGAUGUUACAGCAAAGCUCACCCACAAAUCACACUUUAUCUCCAAUGCUUCUUGAAGAACCUGUAGAAUUAAAACCGGUCAAUCAAAAACGGAUAGUAUUCGGGGACAAAUCGACUUUACUCACAGUAGAAGACAUAGUCGGAGUAGAAGAGAGACCAAAUUUGUCUGAAGAAUUGCGACGAUAUUCUUUCCAACCAUUGGCCUUCGUGAUGCUAGAUCACACAUACUCAUUACCAGCUCAAAAAUUAGCCACCAGUAGUGCCCCCACGACGCCCGUGGCCACCGCUCCCCCGCCCACCGUGGCCACCCCGCCCGCCGCUGCGCCGCCUCCCCCUAGCCCCACGAAGCGCACGUCUCCCGUUAUCCUGUCCACGGCCACGUACGAACCCGCGGUCGCCCCGCCCUCCCCCGCCCCCGUCCCGCCGCCACCCGCGGCCCCCGCGCCUCCCGUCGAGGCCGCACCGCUGCCCGACGACGACGCCGCGUCUGUCAUAUCCUCCCUGGACGGCGACCGGCGCCCCGAAGCGGGCGGCAGCGACACGGAGACCGCUCCCGAAGGCGAAGAAGAAGGUAAGACGCGAUGCAUCUGCGACUUCACCCACGACGACGGGUACAUGAUAUGUUGUGAUCGUUGCGGCGAAUGGCAGCAUGUGGACUGCAUGGGCAUCGACCGCCAGAACAUUCCCGACGCAUACAUGUGCGAGCUGUGCCAGCCGCGUCCCAUUGACCGUCGCCACGCUCGCGCCAUCCAGAUGAGGAAAAGGGAAGAACUGAACGCCCUAGGAGCGUCCGACUCUGACUCGUCUGAAUGUCUGAGACAAUCCGGUCAGCGGAGGAAGCGGUUGCUCACUGUCACAACUUACACGAACACUAGCAGGUCCAGCGUGACCACGUAUAAUUCUGCCGCACCUGCCGCGCCGACUGCGCUGCCGACCUUGCCGACGUCAACUCUACCGCCUGUAGCCAAACGCGGCCCCAAGAAACCAAAAAAGCCAGAUGUGAUGCGAAAAGGUGCCAAACGAAAACUUUCGGAAAAAAGGGUGAAACGCAAAAAAGAAAUGUUAUUAAAUCGAACCAAAUACAGUUCCGGAUUAUCGAAUCAGUCGCAUUGGCAAGAUUCCUACGAACUCGCCGUCACGAAUCAUUACAGUCCAGAGUUGCGGGCUAAGAUAAUGAAAUACAGCAAUAAGCUAGGUAACACACCGAACAUGGGAUAUUCGUUGAAUGCGCAUUUAUGUACAACAGUGCCGCACGCCGGCGGUAAAAUAUUAAUUGCGACGAAAGACUUGAAAGAAAAUUCCCCCGUGAUCGAGCUCAGAGGCAAAUAUAUGUUAUCGAAUCAGCAUCGGCCCCAACAGCAGAAUUCAGUGAGAGCUGGAAGUCAGAAACCGGGUCCUUUUGUAUUCUUCUACAGGCUACCGAAGGACAAUAUUCAGAUCUGCAUUGAUACGAGAACAUACGGAAACGAAGCUCGGUUUGUCAGAAGGUCGUGUAAGCCUAACGCCGAACUACAGCACUGUAUCGUCAAGGGAACGUUACAUGUAUAUUUAGUUACAAUAUCUGUGAUACAAUCAAACACUGAAAUUACAGUUGGUCAUGACGCAGAUGGAACUAAACAACCUUGCGCCUGCGGGAAUCCCAAGCAUUGCAAAAUGAAUGGAAUGAACACAUUGGCAAGUCGUAAAAUUAUAGAAUAUCCUUCUAGAGAAAAACGCAGUAGAAACAGAUGUUACAGUGCUUCGUCGCCCGUCUCGCCUCCUGCGGCACCAGUACUGACGCCCGUUAAAGAGAAUCCACCACCAUUUAUAAAGGAAGAUAAAUUUUCUCCUUUUAAACACGAAAAAUUGUCGCCUUUGAAACAAGAAAAGUUGUCUCCUUUUAAACAAGAAAAAUUGUCCCCUAUCAAAGAUGAAUAUCCGAUGUCGCUGGUUAAAACGGCAGCUAUAACUCUUGACUUUGAUGAACCUAUGAAAUUGGAACCGUUAAUGGAAGACAAACCCGAGAUAGAUUUAACAGCCAAAGAAGAAAUGAAACCUGAGGAUUUAGAUGAACCGGAUUUUAUUAAAACCGAGUCUACUCUUGAAGAAAAAAUAGAAGAAGCAAAAAACGAGCCUGAGGAAGAAGAAGAAGAAGAAACGCACGAACCGAUAAAAGAAGUAUUUGAAGAUGAGAAAAUUUUAGAAGAUAAAAUUGAGAAACCAUUGUCGCCUGCACCUCAGACAGAGCUCGUAUCCUCAGACGACGAGAAACUGGAGACAUUGGAAGAGAAGACACCCAAAGAGGAACUAACUAUGGAAGACGAAAAGACGCUUAAAGAAAUUACGGCGAAAUCUGCUUGUCAUGACAGAUCCUCGAGGUCUAGUAGAACUGUUUGUUCUAAUCACGACUCUCUUGAUGAUAAAACGGAUGACUCUCAAGAUAGAAUACAAACAAGAAUUAAAGAGAAGGAUAAGAAAAAAAUGACUCGAGAGGAACGUAAAAUGGAAGCCAUAAUGAAAGCUUUUGAAAGAAUGGAAAAAGCUCAACAAAGGAAACAGGAAGUUAAAGAGCGACAAAAACGAAGGGAAUCAGAUCCACACCCAAAUUCAUUUGAUAAAGAUGAUGAAGACGAAAUUCAUGUUUCUACAAAGAAAAGAAAGAGACGCAAGGGCCGCGCCCGCACCACGUCGCAGUCCGCGCGACGGAGACUCAACUCUGCAGACAGCGACCUCGCCACUUCCGCAGACGAAGCCGCCCACGUCGCCGGGAACAAUGAGCACGACAAACCUGGGGAACAAGUCUCAGAGGAUUUGGGGUUGAGUUCUGCUUGUUUGCUGGUCGAAGCCGCGGUCGGUUCUGUCGAGUCUGCUUUCAAGCUGCCCAAAACCAAGAAAACAAUAGCGACGGAAUGGAUAGGGCGCUCCCCGGAACGAACGCCAUCUCCAUACCGGUCGCCGUACAGACCGACGCUCGUGUCGGCGCCGUCGCUGGAGAGCUUAGUGAGAGUGGCGAGCACCAUGAUCGGCGACCUCAGUGGCGGCCAGGACCUCGACAAUGAAGAGAACGCGAGGUCGUCUCCGCCACGUACGCCGGCGCGGGACAGGAAUCGACCCCCUAAGAAAUCCAAGAGGAUCACUAGAAGUACGCCACCCGAAGUGCCUGAAGCUCCUCCGCCCAUAUUACCGCAACACAGCGCUAAAAAAAGAUGGCUGCGACAAGCCAUCAGCGAAGAGAGCGAUUUCCCUUGUGCAGAUGUUUUUGUUCCAGAGUCUCCUCCGAAUGAAAUGGUGACUCCGCUUAAGAAGCGUCGGCUCGCAAGGGAAUCUUUAUCGUGCGAACAGAAUACCAUUGUGCCUUGUAAUGAUGAUACCUCGCCAGUUUUAACGUCAGAAGACUCCCCAGUUAAAGACGAUUCUGCGUUAUCGCGGCAGUAUAAAGUGCGUAAUAUAAUGGACAGUAUUUAUGGUAGGGACCGGACGCGAUCGGACAGUGGUCAAGGUUCUGAUGAUCAGUGCAAUAUGGAACAUGACGUGUUAAAUGUUAAUCUAAAAGGACCUCACGAUAGUGAAAACAUUAGGAGGAUUAUAGGAGUACCCACGCCAGAAGACGAAGAACCGCUGGAUAUAACAAGACCAGAAGAUAUCAAAAUUAAUAAUAAUAAUGUUGAUUUAGAAGAGAAUAAUUACAAUAAGGUAGUGCCGAUGGAGAUCGACAAUACUAUGCCACAGCCAAAGAUACAAGAGUCGAUAGAGAACAUGGACUCAAAAUCGAUAGGUAGCCCCAGCGAAAAGCCAAACAGUUGUCAGUCGGCCGACACGAGCGGCAACUCCUCACCGCAACGCGACGAGAUGGACGACAUUCAGAAAAAAAUACACUCAUUCCACACGGAAAAUAUUUUAAUGCUAAAAAGUAGAAAUAAGAAACCAAAAGAGAAACGGAAGAAAGUCAAUUUAAAUUUUGACUUGAGCAUGGUGGACGACCAGAUCAGUAUUCAACUACGCACAGACGCCGAGAACGGGGGUAAGGGUCUGGACAUCAACGGAGAUUUACUCGAUGACGUUAGCAAUUCAGUGAACGAAGACGGCAAGUAUAGUAUUUCACCAGAAAAUAUACCUCUGCCGCCGUCUGAAUCUGUUACAAUUCUCUCGCCAGAAAAUAUACCCUUACCAAAAGAUCCUAGUCCAGAGCUAGUUAUGCCGCUUCUAGAAACAAUACCCCUUCCAGAAGAAGAACCUACGGAACCAGUCAAAACCAUACUACAAAUUGGUCCCGUGGAAAAAGAAGAAAAAAAUGCUCCAAUCGAGAGGCCCUUAGUGUUAGACAACAACACCACGCUACCGUUUACUUCGCGUUUCAGCUCAACCGGACUCUUCUCUGGUAUAUUUAGUAACAUGUCGCAAUCGUUCAAUGUGGACAGUCAAGCUAACGAGAACGUUCCGAACAUGUCGAUAAUAAAAAGUGCUAUAGAUAGGACUACAAGUUUAGACAGUGGUUUGUUUGAUAAAGAAAGUAUUACGCCUGCCGAUGAACUGAAAAGUGUCCAGGAAAUACUGACCCGUGUUAACAAUAUGGAUUCAAAUAACAGUGUGAUAUUGUCGGGAGUGUUAAAGAGCUCUAACAAAGCUGGGCUGAUGGCGCCGUCGCCUGCCAAGUCCGACGCCAAGCCUUACUGCCCUGGGAGCAACGACCCCAGGCUCAACCCCCCGCCCGUAGAGAAACCAAAACCGGUUAGAAGGAAGCUCUCUAUAAGCGAGUACCGCAAAAGGCUCGCGGGGGCGGGCGGGGAGGAGCCGGUCCGCGAGGGGGGCGCGUCCUCCUCGUCGUCGGCCGGGGACCUCUCCCCGCGGCCCCUCGACGAGCUCGACCAGCGUCUGCACAAGGACAUCGGCGCCGAACAACCGCACAAAGGUGCCUUCGACGUCCAGCCGACCGCCUCCGAGAGGCAGCGGGAGAACCUGAGCUCGCGGCUGCGGCGGGAGAUCGGCCUCGCGCUGGCCGACGACGAGGAGGCGCGCCCGCCCACCGACCUCUCCGAUGGCGCCGGCGCGACGAAGCGGUGCGACAGGUAGAGGCGACGUCGUCCUUGUCCUCAUAUAAAUAAGACAUAUUUUUGUAAAUCUCAGAUGUACGUCGACAAAUCGCUCUUGUAUUAUAUUAAUUAUAAAUAAAUUUAAUAUAAGAAUUGGAAGGAUACGCGUUAGGGGGCGCUCGGGCGCUUGUUGUGUAUAUUUUCAGUUUCAAUUCCUUUAUGAUUUUCACGAUUUCUCUGCAAGUACAAAUUGUUUUUAUUUCUCUCUGUACAUAUUGUAUAUAGGAGAUUAAUUAAGGACGCCAGUUCGGUACUUAUGUAUAAUGGUAAAGAGACAAGAGAUUUUUUAUAUAUAUAUGUAUGUACAAUGUUUAUGUAUCUUAUUAAUAUAUUUAUUUAUUAUCGAUUUAUCGAUCGCUCGUUUAGCGAAUGACGGCUAAGAUUUUUGUACGCAUAAUGUUUAAGUAAAUUAUAGUUGUUUUUGUUGUUUUACGGAUUAUUUUAUUAUUUUUUUAGUGUAAAAAAUAUCUCGGAGAUCAGAGAAGUUUAAAGUUCGCCGGUCUCCGCCUUAGAGUUAGAAUAGAAUUCACAUGUAACUUUGUAAAGUUUCGAUAAAACAUUAUAGACAUUGAUAUAGAGGUUGGAACUGUGUUAUGAUUGAAGUGGUCACGUAACACAUACGGGACGACCGGUCUUGUCACACGACGCAAUGGAAGCCUCACAGAAACGUGAACAGACAUAUUCAAAUGAGGUCGUCAGCGCAAAAGUUGCCUAACCCACAAUUCUUCAUAAUCAUGCUUAUAUCUAUAUUGCAAUUUCUUUAAAAUAUAUAAUAAGUUUUGAUGCAAAACCGGCCUAUCCAUAGUUUCACCCAUCGCCAACAGAUGGCUUUGUAGACAUUAUUUUUGCGCGUAUUGUUUUUUUGUAUACUCAAAUUCAAAUUCAUGAAAACUUAAACCUCAUCGCUCCAUAAUAAGUAUGGUAAGCUUGGCCACUUGUGCGCUGGCCGCCUCAUAUAUACUCGUAUAGACGUUAUCGUUUUUUUAAUGCAUUUAUUUCAAAAACAAAAAAACGAAAGUGGACAUGUAAAGAGAAAUAAAUUAUUCAAUUCGUAAGCCACUGUAUAGUUUUCAAAUCGCAAUCAUUUAUUUUCGCCGGUAUAAAUUCGCCGUUUUAACGAAAAUCCCAAGAGAUAUUGGCAGACUGGGUUUGCUGUAUGCUUGAGAAACAGAUUUCAUUUGUAACAAAUUGAUGAUGACAUUGUCCUUUAUCACAGUGAAGCGUUUUUUGUGUCACAAGAGCGUCGUUUAGUUUGUGCUAUACUAUACUGUACUGUACUGUACUGUAUCGAACUGUACUGUACUGUAUUGAACUGUACUGUACUGUAUUGAACUGUACUGUACUGUAUUGAACUGUACUGUACUGUACUGUAUCGAACUGUACUGAACUGUAUUGUGCUGUGUCCGCGGAACUCUGAUUACAACGAAUAAAUGUUGUGAAUUAUAUAAAACGUCGGAACUCGUUUCGACCGUUAAUCCAGUUAAUUGUAAAUGUAUCAUAUUAUAAUUGGGAACAGGCAAAAUAUUCUAUUCGUUAUGUCUGCGUAGAUUUUAAAUAGUUCAUUGUCUCAGUAAAAAUGUACGUGACGGAAAUAUAUUUUGGACAUUUACGAAGGUUUCGAUUUAAUUGUACUAAUGAACAGUCAAGCCGUUAUGAUUGAUUUGUAAAUUUCAAAAAGUAUAAUGAGAGUUUUGUUUGCCUUUCACUAUAAAAUUAAAGUAUGUAAUUUUUAUUGAUUUUCAAUAUUCUAAUGAUUGAUUACUCAAUGUUCGUUUAAUAUUUAACCCCCCCUAAAGCCUUUAUUAUUUUGUGUCGUAUCUAAUCGAAUAUCGUAGCUAAUUUCUUAACUACUUAAACAUUUUCUGGUAAAUAUAACGCGAGGCCUAACAUUAUAUCUAGGGUCAGCAGACUAAAGCACAUAAGUCAAAAAACUCUACUUUACAGGAAUUAAAAAAAACUAUUUAGAAUCUUAUACAUUAACAAACUUAAUAAUGUUUAUUUGAAUUAUAUAAGUCUAUAACACUAACUUAUUAUUAAAAUUAAAUAUUUUAAAGUAAAUGUGAUUAUUUAAUAAUUAGAUGACUUAAGUUAUAAGGAACACAAUAAUAGUAUGAGUUAAGUGAAAAAGAUCAACAAUUAAGAUAUAUAUUAUAAUAAUAUAAGUCAUAAAUAUAAAUAACUCAAUGUUUAAUUAAAAUUCUUCUUCUUAUUCUAUUAUUCUUCUUCUUCUAAAUAUCUGGAUCAGUAUUUCGUAAAGUUUCCAACGAGGGAAGACUUAUGUAAAAUUCAUGGAAAAUAUCUAGUAUUAAAGGGAGCAGCGAAAUUAAAUCAUUUUUUUUCUCGAUGAAUAUGGGUAAUGGCUGUAUAGAUAUUAUAUCAUCAGUUUGAGAACCCCCAAUGGAUGAUCUCCUUUUCAUAGCAACUGUCUUUAUAAAAUUGUCACUUUCAUCUAACGGUUUCAUUAAACAUCCUCGGCAGACAGAUUCACCUUCACCAUGCACAGUAAAAAGGAUUUUUUAUGUCUUCAUUCUAAGCUUUUGCUUUUCAGGUUCAAUAACUCUUAUUCUUUGUUUAGAUUUAUCUUGAAUUUCCAUUAAAGACGCCAAGUAUGCAGAUCUUUUUGCAUUUGCCAAUAUUCUGUAAAUAUGGCACGCCUAUCAGUUAAUGGUAUACGUUCUUUACAUUUCAUUCUGCAAACAGAUAACUCUUUCAAAUUCAAAAUCAUUUAUUUCAACUUAGAUAUCAGUAUAACACACUUAUUGAAUGUCAAAAUAUAAAUAACAAUGUUAUCUCUACCACCGGUUCCAAAAAAAGCCACAGUCCUGAGAAGAACCGGCGAAACAAACUCAGCGGGCUUUUUUUUUUGUUUUUUCUCAAAAAAAUUUUUUAAUUCAUAGUGCGAUCUGAUAUACAUUUUCCUUUUAAAGUUUUGUAUGCCUGUCCUAAGUUACGUUUUAUUCUUUUUUCUCUUUUUAUAGUACGUAUACUCUUUUUUGGAGACACAUUAGGAUUCAUUGAAAUUUCAUCACAAGUACUUGAACUUGAUGUGAUUGGAAGUCUCGGUAAUUCAUAACAUGGAUAUCGUACAGAAUCAUCACUAGAGAAGUCAAGUACAGAAUAGUAUGUUAAGCUACUGACUUGACCUGAUGAUGUCGACGGUAUAGGAUCGUCUACUACUAGGUUCUACUAGAACUCUGUGUUCAAAAUCGACUGUUGAUUUACAUUUUCUAAAAAAGGACAAGACAAUUAAUUAUCUAUUUAUAAUGAUAUAAUAUUGAUAUAAUUACGUAAUUUGCAAAUCAUAAUUUUGAAGAUAUGUGAAAAUAUACCUUCAUUGCUUUCCAGAUGAGUGGAUGACGCCAUUUCAACUAAUUUCUUGCCUCUUUGAAUAUUCAUCUUAAAUAAUUAAAAUACUUAAGCACUCACACAAAACUAACCAACAAACUGUGCACAAUCGACAACAUUAGUAAAUUAAAACCACUUACCGAAGUAUUGUUUACGUUAUAAAUAUUUUUAAGUAACCACUUUCUCUAAAGAAAUGUUACAUUUUGAUGUUCUUUAUAACAUAAGUCAGACUUCUUACGUUAAUAACUUUGUACUUAUGGUGUUCCUUAGAACAUAAGUCCAGUUAUGUUUUUUAGUUCGUUUGACUAUAUUAGGAUUUGAUAAGGUUGAUACAGAACGCCGCUUGAAUACGCCAUGAAAUACUUGAGUUUGAUUUAUGUGCUUUAGUCAGAUUGUGCGUUGAGCAAAAUGUAAACCGAUGAUGUAAUAAAAAAUAAAUUGAAAAUUUUGACUUAUGUGCUUUAGUCUGCCGACCCUAGAUAUAUACAUAUAUGUAUAAUUUUUUUUUUUUAAACCCCGAUGAUUAUGUAAUUUGUGUUCGUAUUUUGCUAAACAUAAAAUAACAUCAAAAAAACUUACUAAAUACCAGUAGUUAAACUACGAUUCAACAAUUCAAUCGAACGAAGCAAAAAGUCAAUUACGUAAUGUAGUAGUGUAAAAUUAACUGAUUUUUUUUUAUUAUUUUAUUAUUGUAUUACUGUUAUUAUUUAUUUUGUAUUAAAUGAAUGUUCGAAGAGCUUAAUAUAGUUUGUUACAGCCCAGUGAAUGAUGUCGCUCCCUCCAAAUUUUUGCUCAAUGAACUUCACAUAAAAUAACUCUCAAUUUGGAUAAAAUUUAUGCUCUUUCUCGAUUAGAGAAUCGACCUAGAACGUUGGCUGCUUUUAUUUUAAUAAUAUUUCAAACUAAAAAUAAAUGUUUAUUUUACUGUUUUUUUUUUUCACUUAGUGAAGUUUACGUUGGUCGUCCACGACAUGUACCAACUUAAUAAUAAGAGCGUCUUAGAUAAUAAUGAAAUUAUUGAUUACCAUUUCGCAGUUUUUCGAGUGCAAUUUUUUACAAGCCAUAAGCAAUAAGCUACAUCACAUUAUUAUUUUUUUAAGUCGUGGAUGAUUGAACUCACGGCACAUAAUACUUAAAACUCACAUGUUUUGUCAGAGAUAUGCAUAAUUUUAUUAAGGUAUCUAGUAUGUAGUUAAUACGUUGCAAUAAUAAUAAGCCUACAAGGCACGCGUUAGUUGUAGAAGAAAAUAUUCGAGAAAAAAAAAGAUUUUUAACAACUUACAUAUUUAAUUCACGAUUUUUAGAAAGUAUUUUUGUAAUUUAUAAAAAGGGAGAAUAGUGUUUUUUGUGUAACCGAUUUUAUGGAAAGUAUUAGCAGCCAGUCUAUCAAGAGAGAUAUAAUGUAUAUGUAAAUAUUUUGAUCUGUUUUUUUUUAAAUAAUAGACUGUAAAUUUGCUUCUCUUGUUAAGGUGCAUUUUGAUGUGACUGAAAUUUUACGAUAAAGUAACGAACGCAAUAAUCUAGGCUGUAAUAAUAAAUGGACGUAGUAGAUUAUUAAAAAGAAAACGCCUUAUAUCUGUUGUCACAACUAAAUGUACUUUGACUGUUUCGGUAGUGUAGUGAAAUUUUUAUGUGAUAAUAUUUCUUAUAUAUUAUUAUUAUUAUUAUCAUCAAGUAGUUGACAUGUAUAUGUUAUAUAUGUACACGUUACGUAUAAGUGAAAAGCUAUAUUUUGUUAUUGUAAACAAAAAGCGUGCACUAUUAUCGUUUGCCAUACAUUAAUUAUUUUAUUUCCUUUAUUUUUUUCCUUCGUAACUUCACCCACCUUGCUAUUCUAAUAUCUUGGUAAGUCAUUCGAUGUAACAAUGGAAUAUUUUGCAAUGUAUUUUUUUUUUGUGAACGCUAAGUGGAUCGAUUCCGUGCAGCCUGUGUAUUAUUAUCCUGAUGUUAAUUUUUUUUCUGUCAAUGUUUGAACUAAGCAUGUAAAAUUUAAAUAAUAUAGAAUAAAAAAUGUUAUGAUAAUAAUUACAUAAAAA